AUACCGAAAUUCCAUUACCGGCACGACGACAUCACCCAUUUUUCUCCAUCCACCGCCGAACGAACCUUCAAAUCUAUUUAUUUCUCUUUUUCCCAGCCUCUCUACUCGCCGCGUGAUGUGAUGAUCGAUAAUGGCGACGAUCCACCACGUCCAAUUCACGUUCGAAAUCCCUGGGCUUCUUCACUUGGCUUCUUCCUCCGUGCGUUUCCUCCGCCCCUCCGCCGCCGCCUCGCCGUCGCUUCCUCGCCAUCUGCUUAGACGGGCUUCUACGACGUUGUUUCGCGCGAGGUCGUUCUCCACCGCAGGAUCCGGGGAGUCAUUCUCCGUUAAGAUCCCCGAGAAACCGCCGAUUUGCACCGCCGACGAGCUUCACUACGUCUCCGUUGCCGAUAGCGAUUGGCGUCUCGCUCUCUGGCGUUAUUUGCCUCCUCCUCAGGUUCCUGUGAGGAAUCAUCCGCUUUUGCUGUUGUCUGGUGUUGGAACUAAUGCCAUUGGCUACGAUUUAUCUCCUGGAUCUUCUUUUGCAAGAUACAUGUCUGCUCAGGGAUUUGAUACAUGGGUUCUCGAGGUCCGAGGAGCCGGUCUGAGUACACGUGUGUCAGAUCUCAAAGAUGCUCAGCAAUCUGCUCAUGAAGCAUCUGAUCAAAUGGAAUCUACUGCCAGAGUUGCAGCUGAACAAACUUUGUCCAGGCAAAAGCAGGUUACUGAUGUUGUCAAUGGUACAUCAGUCGGUGAGGUAUCGGCUUGGGAUGAAUCAACUCUAGUAUCCAAACUAACCGCAACUUUCAUGCGCUUGUCGGAGAGACUUUCUGGCUUUCUCAGUGAAGGUCAGUCACAAAUCAUGUCUGCUAAGUUGUUUGACCAAAUUGCUAAGCUUUUAGAAGAUUCACAGCUGUUUGAACGCUUUAAUGAGAUAAGAGCCAGACUUUCGAGCUUGAUAGAAUCAAGGCAAAACUCUGGUCUUGCUAACCAAAUCAGAGAUUUGACUCAGCGCCUUGUGAAUGUUCUUGAGGAAGGCCAACGGUCUGUCUCGCCUCAGUUGAUUGAUUUACAAGAGCGCCUCUCUUCAACGAUAGAAGAUUUUCAGAAGCAACUGGACUUGAUAAUUAAAUAUGAUUGGGAUUUUGAUCAUUACUUGGAAGAGGACGUCCCUGCUGCGAUUGAGUAUAUUAAAGCUCAAAGCAAGCCCAAGGACGGUAAGCUUUUAGCGAUUGGGCAUUCCAUGGGGGGCAUCCUACUCUAUGCAAUGUUGUCACGCUGUGCUUUUGAAGGGCGAGAACCUUGCCUGGCGGCUGUUGUGACACUGGCAUCAUCAGUUGAUUACACAACCUCGAAUUCAAGGCUCAAAUUGCUUCUGCCUCUUGCAGAUCCAGCUCAAGCUCUAAAUGUUCCUGUUGUUCCAUUGGGGGCUUUGUUGGCCGCAGCUUAUCCUCUUUCAUCACGUCCUCCUUAUGCGUUGUCUUGGCUUAACGAUAUGAUAUCUGCAGCUGAUAUGAUGCAUCCUGAAUUAUUGCAGAAGCUUGUCCUAAAUAACUUCUGUACCAUACCUGCCAAACUUAUUCUUCAGCUGACAACAGCUUUCCGUGAGGGAGGUCUACGUGAUCGGAGUGGUAAAUUUUACUAUAAGGAUUGUCUUUCCAGAAUCAAUGUCCCUGUCUUAGCUCUAGCAGGUGACCGGGAUUUAAUCUGCCCACCCCAGGCCGUAGAAGAAACUGUUAAGCUACUUCCUCGGGACCGGGCUACUUAUAAGGUGUUUGGAGAACCAGAUGGCCCACAUUACGCACACUAUGAUUUGGUCGGAGGACGACUUGCUGUGGAGCAAGUGUAUCCGUGUAUAAUUGAAUUUCUCUGCCGUUAUGACUGCCUACGCAUGUGAGAGUCGGAAAGGAGAUACAUUGAAACGCUGACACGACCAGAGGUCAAAACCAUACAUUUUGCUUACAUCCGACUUUCUGGAAACAUUGUACUUCAGUACAGGAGGCCGGAUUUCUAGUUAUACACUUAGUAGUUAGGAAAAACUUCUCAAGAAAUCAUGGGAUAUUGUCUAUUGUGAUGAUUUUGUUCAUUUUAUUGUAAUGAUGAGCCAUUUCAUUUUAUUUUGCCUUUUUAAAAAGAAUCUUUGUCAAGUUUUUCUUGUAGCCCCUGCCCCUUUGAGAACGUGUGCUUAAACCUAUCCAUUGAAGCAGUUGUGUAGACAUGGAUUCAGUGGUAUCUUUUCUGUCUUGGAUCGAUCAUAUUACACAACUCUACUUUGCAUACAAGGUGCGGAAGACAGAGAUAAUGGCAAACUGACUUGUCUUGUGAUGGAGUAGCAAGCUCUCUUUUGACAGAGUUUGCCCUUCGACCAUACUGUAAGUCCAUCCCUAACUCUUAUCUUUUUUUUUUAUACAGUCCAAUUCAUA